CUCUCACCGACUCCCACACCGACCAAACGAUGCGCCUCCAUGCAGUGCUGGGCUCGACCGCGCUGUUCGUAGCCGGCUCCUUUGCCAUAUUCGCUGACGACGCGGGCCACAUCGACUACCACUACGCUCUGGUGGGAUUCCCGAAGCAGGAUGCGACCCUCUUCCAGCAGCCCUUUGCGGGCUCAAAAGCCUCCCUCAUCUAUACCCUCUCAGACAAGCUGGUCAUUGGCGCGGUGAAUCCGAAAGAUGGAGAGCUAGUCUGGCGACAGCCGUUGUCGUCUGUGAACACCACAGAAGGCUAUCUCCGAGCGGGGGAGGAUCAGGACACAGUUAUCAGCGCUGCAGGAGAUGAAGUCACGGCUUGGAGCUCUUCAGAUGGAAGAUACGUGUGGGGCUCGAAGUUCCCGGGGUCAACAGCGAAAGAUUUGGAGAUAUUAGAGCUUCCGGACGGCAAGACCGAUAAAGAUGUGAAAGAUGCGAUCGUGCUGCUUAGCGGGGGUGUACAGGGGGUUAAGAGAAUAGAUGGGAAGACCGGUGUUGUGAGGUGGACAUAUGAGGAUGCUAGUGGAGACUCUCCCUUCCAAGUAUCCUCGUCCGCGACCAGCAUAUACUACAUCUCGCUCCACUCAACAUUACUAGGAGGCAUAAAACUCAAAGUAACGUCUCUUGACACUUUGACUGGCCAGAAAUUGGACCAGUAUACGUUGAGCUCAGAAAGUGACGUUUCCUCUACCGAAUCCAUCCUUUUCGCUGGAGCAAACUCCGCCUCUCCCCUCCUGGCAUGGACAGACAAGGCCAAGAAGACCGUGAAAGUAAACAUCCUCGGGAAAAAGUCCACGACAACAAUUGCCGUGCCCAGCACAGAAGACGUUGUGAAGAUUACCUUGCACGCUCCUCAUCGCAUUAAUUCGCUCUCCCACUUCCUCGUCCAAUACGAUACAGCCACCUCGCAUUCAGCCGAAAUCUAUCAUGCCGACCCACAGAAGAACACCGUAGUCAAGGCUUAUUCUCUCCCAGAGCUACCAGGCAACGGAGCAUUCACGACGAGUACUUCAGAUGCAAAUGUGUUCUUCACGAGGAUUACGACGGAUGAGACUGUCGUUGUCUCUUCAGCCUCACACGCAGUGCUCGGUCGCUGGCCCGCCAAGAAGGCAGCCCUAAUUGAUAACGCGUAUCCAGUCCACGGAGUUUCUGAGGUAGCUUUCCGAUCGGGGUCUGCCCAGGCUGUGCGCUCUGCUGUGCUGUUUUCUAACGGCCAAUGGACUCUUGUUCGCAAUGGGGUCUUGAUUUGGGCUCGUCCGGAGCUACUUGCAAACGCACUCACUGCUGUGUGGGCGGACCUCCCCGAGCAAGAAGCACUUGCCCACGAAUUGGCCAUCGAAGGCCAUCAAAACGUAGUUGCCGCCUACAUUCAUAGGGUUACUCGGCAUAUUCGUGAUCUGAAACAUCUCCCUACCUAUGUUCAAGGCCUUCCUGCACAGGUUGUAGCAAAUUUCGCCGGGAAGAGUGCUACUCCUACUCCCGGUGAAGUUCAGCAAGAUGCCUUCGGCUUCCACAAACUCGUCGUUGUUGCAACAGACAACGGCCGCCUGGUUGCUCUUGAUGCGGGGUCUGGUGGCAGAAUAGUAUGGAGCGUCGAUUUCGCCGCUGCUGCUGCAACCCUACAAGAUCCCGUGCUGAGGGCGGCCCAUGGUCUUAUUGAGGUCAACGCAAAGGGCUUGGAGACUCCGAUUUUCGUCAACUCGACAACCGGAGCUGUACUAUCUUCUGAAGUAGCCCGAGCUAGUCAAAAUAUCGCUCUCGUCGCUGAUGAGCUGAUCUCAUACGAUCUCGUCGAUGGAGAGCUGAAAGGCUACCUCGGUGACGCCAAAUCAUCAGACCCAAUCUGGGGAUUCGCUCCUUCCAAGGGAGAGCGCAUCGUCGGAUAUACCGCUAGGCCUGUAGUGGAUCCCGUGGCCUCUAUUGGCAAAGUCCUAGGUGACCGGAGCGUUCUGUAUAAAUACCUAAACCCAAACCUUGUUCUAGUCACCACGGUAGUUGAUUCAACCCGGACCGCCUCCGUAUAUCUCCUCGACUCUGCAUCAGGCAAUCUCCUGCACGCAGUUUCUCAUCCCAAUAUCGAUACUUCUCGCGCUAUCCCAUCGGCUAUAUCGGAACAUUGGUUCAGUUACUCCUUGACUCUGGAUGCUGCUACCGAUGACACUUCCAGGGGAUAUCAACUUAUAGUUGCAGAACUCUACGAGUCUGCCCUACCCAACGAUCGUGGUCCACUUGGCGCUGCAUCCAAUUCUUCCAGCUUCCAACCGUCGUCUGCUUCGGGAGAUGCUGCAAAGCCAUAUGUCAUUUCGCAGACAUACCAGAUCCCGGAAGAGAUAUCCCUCAUGACGGUCACGCAAACUCGUCAAGGCAUCACCUCGCGUGAGCUACUCAUCGUUCUUCCGGAGAGUAACUCGAUAGUCGGUAUUCCUCGACAUGUCAUAGACCCCCGAAGACCAAUUGGGAGGGAUCCAACCCCUCUAGAAGCCAGCGAGGGUAUCACGAAGUAUAAUCCCGCUCUUCAAUUUGACCCAAAGUGGUAUUUGAACCACAACCUAGAGGUCAUUGGCGUCAAAGAUGUUAUCACUAGUUCGGCCCUCGUUGAGAGCACCAGCCUAGUCUUUUCGUACGGCUUGGAUAUCUUUGGGACGAGAGUUGCCCCGAGUUUCGCGUUUGACAUGCUUGGGAAGGGCUUCAACAAGAUUCAAAUGUUGGCGACUGUGCUUGCAUUGGGGGUUGGCGUUGUAUUUGUUGCGCCUUUGGUUCAGAGAAAGCAAAUUAAUGCUUUGUGGCAGAUUACAUAGAGGCCGUCUACGUCCAUAUCAUAAUCAAAUAGAAGCGUUUAUUUGUAAUAAAUAACUGAUUAUGUCUAGUACCUAGGCUAUUAUUGCUGUUCCGCAUUUCUCUGCUCCGAUUGGCUUCAGCCUCACCUUCCAUCUGCCAG